UACAUCUUUUAGACCACACGCCAUAAACAUACAAAACAAAACAAAUCUGCGAUUUAAAGAGGAAACGUCAAAAACGCUGCCAUUAUUUUUGUGGCUCGCAUCGCGCAGAGUUUUCAUCUUCGGUUACAUUUUUCGAUGUUAAGUCACUGAGCGAAUUUUAACUCAGGUGGCUCAUUCUUCACCCGAAAUAAUGGUCGUAACGAAGGAUAUUUAUCUUCCAACGGAGGAAGAACUCACCGUUCCGGAGGUUAACCUUUCGGGACCUGCUUUGCGUGCCGGUGCGUUUCAUGUUGGCAAAAAGUGCGAAGCAGAAAAUAAUGAGUUUAUGCUAUGUCGCCAAGAGCUGGAUGAUCCGCGAGCUUGCCUGAACGAGGGAAAGGCGGUCACCAAUUGUGCAUUGGACUUCUUCCGGCAAGUGAAAAAAUCGUGCGCCCAAGAAUUCACUCAAUACGCCAACUGUCUGGAUAAAAGCAGCGGCGAUUUGAGAUUUAAAUACUGCCGCAAGACGCAAGGAGUGUACGACAAAUGUGUUCUGGAUAAACUCAACAUAGAACGACCGGAUUAUGGUUAUUUCACUAGAGCCAAGGUCCACGCUACCGAUCGUCCAGCACCACCGAAAAAGGAGAAAACGCUCUACCCGGACGCUACGCCUGGCUUGCCAGACGAUUAUCCCAGACCGGAAGCUAAGUACGGAUCGCGUUUCCAUUGGCUAAACUGAGAAAAUUUUACUGCUUAGCCCGAGGGCGAAGUAUUUGUAUAGAAUGUUGCAAUUUUCUGGUGUGAUUUUCACUUGAAAGCAGAUUGUCGCAGGUAAUUAAAGCAAAAACCAGAAACAUA